AUGGAGGGGACAGCAGAGCCCUCCAGGGAGCACACAAAUGGGAGCCCCAGGAGGGAAGAGGGACCAUCCCAGGAGGCCACAAGUGCCACGAGGUCCCUGCCACCUCCCCUGUCCCCUCCACAGCUGCUGGAGUUGCUGGUGGACGUGGUGGCCACCCUGGGCGAGCUGGCAGCCACCGUGGCCGGGCCGUACGGGGACGUGCUGCUGGGCGUGUCCCCAAGGUCCCUGCAAAAGGCCCUGGGGACCUUCAUCGGCCACCUCCGGGACACCCUGGGCCACCCCGGAGUCACCUCCCUGGGCGAGGCCCUGGCCGCCCUCAGGGACAACCUGGGGGCCACCUGGGCCCAUGUGACAGCUGCGGCCAGCACCUGGCGGGACUCGGUGGCCACGCUGGAGGACAGCUGGGCCCGGCUGGCCAGGGAGGCCACCGAGCUCCGGGACACCUGCAGGGACACGGCCACCGGGGAGGCCACCACUGCGGCCACCGCCAACAGCCGGGCCGGGGACCUGCGGGUCACGGCCACCCGCUGGGGGACAUCUCUGCACAACCUGGUGGCCACGGCCCGGCAGCCGCCGCUGGCCCUGGACAAGGAGGAGGUGGCCUCGGCGGUGGCCGCACACGAUGCCCGUAUGGAGGCGGCUGCCAGUGAGGUGGAGGCGGCCACCAAGGCCAUGGAAGAGGCCGUGGUGGCCACCAACGAGGCAGAGGCGGCCACCAGGAGGGGACAGCGGGCAGAGGUGGCCCUGGGGCUGCUGGAGCGCUUGGUGGCCGCGUGUGACAGAGCCACCGCGUUCCCCAGGGAGCUGCAGCGCCGGCUUGGGGACAUCGAGGCUGCCCUGGAGGGGACAAAUCAGGCAUCCCCCGAUGUCCCUGAGGCCUUGGUGGCCAUGGUGGCCAAAGCCGAGCAGCUGUGGGAGGCCAGCGCCCGCCUGGCCACGCGUCACCUGCUGAGGGCACUUGGGGACAUCUGCAGGCUCCCUGGUGGCCCUGGUGGCCGCGCGGUGGCCGAGCGGUGCCAAAGAGCCAUGGAGGACAUCCCGACGCUGCUGCAGGGACAGUGAUGUCACCGCUGUGAUGUCAUUGGGGUGGUGACACCAUCGGGGACACCGCUGGUGUCACCUGUCCCCUCCCACCGUCCCAGCACAGGAUUUGAGCCAAAUUUGGGGAAUUUUCAUUAAAAUUGUCCGAAACCAUGA